CUAGAAUCCCCAGCUGCAGCCCUGAGCUGGAGCUCUGCACAGCGGCUCCCUCCUUGCCUGGCCAGCUGAGCGCCCAGCUGCCGCCGCUCUUGACCAUAGCAGCUUGGAAGCACCCCUCCCGCAGUCAUGGAGAAAACUUCUACAGAUACACUUCCUCUUACAAUGAUUCCUCCAGAAGAGCAAGAGACUGUGUGUAUUUUUGGAACUGGAGACUUUGGAAGAUCACUAGGACUUAAAAUGACCCAGUGUGGUUAUUCAAUUGUCUUUGGAAGUCGAAACCCCAGGACAUCCAGCCUGCUGCCCUAUGGUGCAGAGGUCUUGGGCUAUUCGGAAGCGGCCCAGAAAUCUGACAUCAUAAUCAUAGCAAUCCACAGGGAACAUUACGAUCUUCUCCCAGCACUAACUGAGGUUCUCCGUGGGAAAAUAUUGGUCGAUGUCAGCAACAACCUCAAAAUCCAUCAGUACCCAGAAUCUAAUGCAGAGUACCUUGCUCAACUGGUGCCGGGAGCCCACGUAGUGAAAGCAUUUAACACCAUCUCAGCGUGGGCUCUCCAGUCGGGAGCACUGGACGCAAGUCGGCAGGUGUUCAUCUGCGGAAAUGACAGCAAAGCCAAGCAAAGAGUGAUGGAUAUAGUUCGUGCUCUUGGGCUGACUCCGUUGGACCAAGGAUCUCUCUUGGCAGCCAGUGAAAUUGAAAACUACCCCCUGCAACUAUUUCCAAUGUGGAAGUUCCCCUUCUACUUCUCUGCUAUUCUGUGUGUCUUCUUGUUUGUCUACUGUGUUAUCAGAGACGUAGUCUACCCUUAUGUUAAUGAAAAGAAGGAUCACACAUUUCGCAUUGCUGUUUCCAUCCCAAAUCGUGUCUUUCCCAUAGCGGCCCUGACACUGCUCGCCGUGGUUUACCUCCCUGGCGUCAUUGCUGCCAUCCUGCAGCUGUACCAAGGAACGAAAUACUGGCGGUUCCCAAACUGGCUUGACCACUGGAUGCUUUGCAGAAAGCAGCUUGGCUUGAUAGCACUGGGAUUUGCCUUCCUUCACGUCAUCUACACACUGUUGAUUCCUAUUCGUUACUAUGUUCGGUGGAGGCUGGGAAACUUAACCGCUACCCAGGCAAUAUCCAAGAAAGAAAAUCCAUUUAGUAUCACUAAUGCCUGGCUUAGUGAUUCAUAUCUGUCUUUGGGAGUCCUCGGAUUUUUCUUCUUCGUCCUCUUGGGGAUCACUUCCUUGCCAUCCGUUAGCAACAUGGUCAACUGGAGAGAGUUCCGAUUUGUCCAGUCCAAACUGGGUUAUUUGACCCUGAUCUUGUGCACAGCUCACACCCUGAUUUAUGGCGGAGACAGAUUCCUCAGCCCUUCCAGUCUCAGGUGGUAUCUUCCUUCAGCUUACAUACUAGCACUCAUCAUUCCUUGCACCGUGCUGGUGAUCAAGUUUAUCCUCAUCCUGCCAUGUAUAGACAAGACCCUCACACGGAUCCGCCAGGGUUGGGAAAGGAACUCAAAAUUCUCUAAAUCAGCACUGAAUGGACAAACAGAUAUUUAAAGCGACGUUCCAUUCACCCAGAGUUCUGAACUGUAUGUUUAGAGACGAAUAAUGGACUCAGUCAAGAAAGCAUUUUUCUCCCACCAAGGCCUGAAGUUUGUGAACAGCAAAGGAAAUGUUGCCUGACUUUAAGAAAUGGAGAGAUUGGAAAAGAUCAACCUUUUACCUCUGGUUAGUGAUGAAUUCGUGUAGGUCCUGCCUCUCCCAGAGGCAGUCGGGCUGAGAUCCAUAUUAGCCUUGUGGCUUCACACUCAGAAGCUUCUGGUUGUGGACACCAUGCAGAACCUAAUUAAUGUCUUUCAAACUCCAGGGGAAGUACAUGCACUUUCCUUCUCUGGUUCAAGGGCUGAGGGGAGUGAAAGAGAAGACAGAAAAACGGUGGUCACUGAUAAAGGCUUUAUUUGGUACGUCUGAAGAAGAGGGCCAAUGAAGUAAAAGGAAUUCAUUUUUUGUUUUUUGGACAUGAAGGUGAUUAUAAAUAUUGCCAGAGUGAAUUCUGUAGUCAAAUGUACUCUUUGAUUUUGCUUUUACCAAUAUGAUUGUGAACAGUGGGAAACUAUUUCAUAACACAACAAAAAUACCACAAUUGAUUGGAAGUAUGGGUCAGAUAUAUGCAAAUAUAUACAGUUGUCCAAAGAUCCCUCCUCUACAAGGAAUAGGUGUAAGAAAGGUUGAGUUAAAAUUGAAGAAUUCUGAUUAAAUAAACCAGAAUUUUAGAUAGCAAGCUAAAUAAAUAUUGUAAAGUUGCACUAGAUUAGGUGUGCUUUUAAGUAUUGUAUGCUUUGUAAAUAAUAUAUUCCAAAUAUUAUUCAGUACUAAUCAUCUAUGCAAUGAAUUUCUAAUAUAAAAAAGGAGUUUCUAUAAUUUUUCAUAUUUUACGCAGUGAAAUUAAGUGAAUAAUGAAAGUGAAAGUGUGACAGAUGCACAGAUGAGAGAAUUAUGGAAAGCCUUAGGGCAGAAAGGCAUGAGCAGUAGUUGUUAAUAUGAGACUUGGUUCUUUCUCAGAUCCUCACUGGAAUGCAGGAUGAUUCCGUCGAGGGCGGUGUGAGCGAUAUCAGGUGUUAGACUGGUGGGGUCAGACCGGACCUGGGUUCAGCAACCUCAGUACCUGAGUCUGGGCUAGGAAAUAAUUCAGAGCCAAGCCCCAAACUAUACGAGAACAUUUAUUUAGAAAGUCACAGAGAUAGCAGAAGUAAUUAGUAGAGGAAAUGGGCUUAGGAAACAAGUUAUAGAGGCAAGGGAAGGACCCCUGAAGCUUAGAAGUGAGGAAGGUGAACUUGAUGGCACCUGAGGGGAAGACAUGGAGGUGCUCUGAGGAGGAGGAGGGAGAGCCCCCUGAGUCCUUGCCCAAAGGGUUGUCAGGGUGGAUAUUUUAGGGGAGGCCCCAGGAGAAGAUCUCAAAAAAAUAUUCAGCAGUUUUCCAGGUGUGUCCUUUCAGGGUCUAGGUCUCCACUGAUUGAUUGGUCGCUGCCAGGGCAGGGGGUCAUUAUCCAAUGCAGCUGGUCCUGAGGUCAGCCUUGGGAUUGCUUGUCUGAUUUGCUGCAUUUUUGUGCCUACUGCUGAAAUACUGCUGAGGCCUAGUGUUAUCUCCAGGGAGGAAAGGUCAGGGGGUCCAAAUGAUACGCCAGGGGAGGAAAGGUCACCAUCGGGGCUUUCCCCCCAGGUGACCUCCAGGACCAUCGUCCUUGCUCUGCUCAUGUCUGUCUAACUGCCUACAAUUCUCUCUGUUUUCUGUGCUGACAGUUCCACUUCCAAGAUGACCUUCACCAGGAUUAGCCUUCCUGGCUCAUACAUGAAGCUAAAAAGAGCAUUAGGCACGAUCUUCCCACAUACUGAAAUGACCAAAAGGCUUUGGGUUUGACAUUUUUCACCUGCUCUAUCAUGACCAUUUAUUUUUCUCUCACUUUUUUAAUCCUCACUCCGAGACAUGCUUAGAGAGAGGAGAGAGAAAGGGGGAGAGAGAGAAACAUUGAUCAGUUAGUUGCCUUCUGCACCUGCCCCCAAGGGGGAUUGAACCGAAACCCAGGUUUGUGCCCUGACCGGGAAUUGAACUGGCAACUUUUGAUGCACAGGAUGGCACUCACCCAACUGAGCCACUCUGGCCCGACUCUUUUUUUAACUUUUAUUACCAUAUAUUCUUCAUGACAAUAUACAAAAUAAUUAAAAUGUAUUAAAACAUCACCCAUAAUCCAGGAUGUUUUUUCUAUAAAACGUUUUUAAAAAUAGUUCUAUUUAUACUGUAUACUCAACUUUACAUCCUUUUUCACUUAAUGUAUUAAUGGCUUUUGUUCUCUUAGUUACAUGGUAUAUGUAUUUAACUUAUAGCUGCAUAAUAUUAUAUCAAGUCGGCAUUUAUUAACCACUGCUCUAAUUAAGAAUGUAAGGUUAUAUUCAUUCUUUACUAAAACAAAUGACAUUUCAGAGACUAUCUUAGCACUUACAACUUUUUUCCAUAUUUCAAAUUAUUUCUUCAGAAUACUUGCCAAGAAUUGGGAUUACAAAACUUGAAGAACUUUUAAUAGCAUUUGAUAUAUAUUGCCAAAUUAUUUCUAAAGUGACCUUGUCAGUAUCAUUGGUAUUGGAGAGGGGUGUUGGUUUCAUCAUUCCUUUAUAGGUUUUGCAUUUUAUCUCAAUUUGUGUUCACUGAGAAGAUACACAGAGCAUAUGACCAUUGAUUCAUCCUUGAUCCGCCCAGCAAGGACACAAAAAGCCGGAAGACUUUGAGCAGAGCUGUGUGUGAGGUGCCCAACCGAGAGCAUUCGUGGGAAAAUGUCCCUACUCAUCCCUCUAUUUUAUGCCAAACAGUCAAGUGUUGGAGGGUUGUAGGCUGCCCUUUGGCUAGAGAAUUGGUGGAGGACUAUCUAGGCUGAUACCAUGCUCCUUUUUAGUAACAGUAAUAUGUUUUUUACAGGUCACAGUUCAUCACUAAAAAUAGGAAAUACCAUACCUAGGUAACAAAGCUCUCCUGGAGUAAAAUAGACUCUACUUUUAUAACCUAGUAGAAAUGCUCUAUCCAGGUACAAAUAAAAGCUUUCCAUGAAAUGGGGGUGGCGGGGGGGGGGGGGGGGGAAAGGAAACAUAUGUAACACUUUCAACAAUAAAGAAUUUAAAAUAUUUUUUAAAAAGCUUUCCAUGAAGCUAGAAGUUAAAGAGCGCCCCCUGGUGGUUUUGACAACUAGGUUUCCAGGUCUCAACCGCACAGAUUCCAAACCACACCAGCAGUCCCUAAAAACCAAUUUCCUUCCCUCCCAAACCCCUCCCUCCCCAAACCAUCAAACCAUUUCGACCAUAUAACACAGCCAACUAAAUGAGUUUGCAAUAGAUGGAAAUAGUGAACUGUACUCCUUUUAACAGAUCCAAACUGUUCUAUAGAUAAAAGUUAGACUACAUUUCUUAACUACUAGUUUCCUACAUUCUAGUAACAUUUUUCUUAAGCUCAUAGACCUUUUAUUUUUGUAUGUUUCCCUGACUGCAUUUGUAAAUGUGUACUCAUUAAACAUUUUAAAAAUAU